AGCCUCCCCCGCCGACUGGUCCCAGCUGUGUGUGAUCCUCCUGCCCAUCCUGGUGGUGUUCGGACUCGUGGCCACCCUCGCCGUGCACUUCUGGCGCCGCUACCACCGCGACAAGUACGACAUCAACGCCUACAGACCGGACGAGAGAGAGAAGCUCCGCCCCGUCAAAACAGCUGACGACACCCAGACCGUACGGCACGUGUGAAGCGUACGGCGAGCGGAGUAAAAAAGAGAAAAAAAGGUGGAAAGGCGUCGCGGAAUUUAUGAAUGGAUGGAGGAGUGUUUUUUUAUGAAUGAGUAGAGGCGUUUGUGAAUGAGGAAUCUUGUGAAUGGGUGGAGGGAUUGAUGAAUGGGUGGAGGUCGUGAUGGAUAAUUUUUUUUCCUUCGUGAGUCUUGUGUGUGUGAGAGAAAGAGAAAGAGGAGAUGGAACUAUAAAAAUAGAUAAUGAGAAAAGAGAAGAGAAAGGGACGGUGUGUCUCGGUGGCGGAACGAGGCAAGGUAGAAGCGUGAAGAUAAUAAAUUUAGAGA